GUGGCACUACUCCACGACUCCACGUUCGGUCGGUCAGUCGCUGCCCGCAGGCCACAACUAGUCAAGUCGGCGGAGCGAUUUAGGAACGUACUCUUGUAAACUAGCAAAAUGGCGGAAGCUAUGCGGCAGCAGGUGGCGAAUAUGUUGAAGGGUAUCGAAAGAUACAAUCCUGAAAACUUAGCAACAUUGGAGCGAUAUGUGGGUAUGCAGUCGCAAGAAAACUCAUACGACCUAGAAGCCAACCUUGCUGUUCUGAAGUUGUACCAGUUCAAUCCCCACAAGUACAACAAGGAUGUCGCCUGCAAAAUUUUGCUGAAGGCUUUAACCAAUUUCCCUCACACAGACUUUGUUCUCUGCCGGUGUCUUCUCAGUGAAAAACAGUGUGCUGAGAAACCCAUGGACCAGAUCAUUUACUUAGCAGAUAUUUUGGAGAGGUGUGACUUCCAAGCUUUCUGGAACCGAAUUUUGGGAAUGCCUGAAUUGUCGCUGCAGAUUGUGGGAUUUGCUGACUCCAUUCGCAAAUUCGUGUGUCACGUUGUUGGCAUUACCUUCCAGACAGUUGAAAAGGCAUUAUUGUCUGAGUUAUUAGGAGGUGUAGACGCUCAAACUCUAUCGCACUGGGUUAAGAAGUAUGGAUGGAAAGAAGAUGGACAAGUGAUUUUCAUUGCUAGCCAAGAUGAAAACAUCAAGACCAAGAACAUAACUGAAAAAAUUGACUUUGAAAAUGUGGGAGCCCUCAUGUCUGCGUGCCAACGUUAAAUUUGAACACCUCAGUAUUUUGUGUUGAUUGUCCAAUCUAAGUUGUUGUCUCAAUUUCCUCCCCAUUGUCCAUUUGUCACCCAAGCUUCCGAUUUAUUAAAUUUGUAACAGAACUUGCAGAAUAUAUAUGCUUGUGUUUUUAUAA